CGGAGUCAGAUGGUAUAUAAGUCGUGUCGAGUCUUCCUUCGCCACUCCACACCCUUAAGCCUCCACCAUGAAGUUACUGGUUCUAGUUCUGUUGGCUGCCGCAGUGGUAGCAGAGCAGAAGAGGGAAGCUGAACCUCAUUACGGAUAUGCUGGAUAUUACGGCUACCCUUAUCGUGCUUAUGGGUAUGACUAUGGUGUCCCUGGAGGUCUUGUACGUGUACACCCUGUAGGUAAACGUGAAGCCAAUCCGGAAGCUGAACCACAUUACUACGGAGGCUACGGCUACCCACACGCCCACUCCUACGUCCAUACCCAUGGCAUCGGCAAGAGGGAGGCUGAGGCCGAACCAGAGCCUCACUACGGAGGUUAUGGCUAUGGCCUUUACCGACCCUAUGGUUUUGGCCUCUAUCGUCCAUUUGGCUACGGUCUCUACAGACCUUUUGGCUAUGGAUAUUAUGGCUGAAUCCUUUUCAUCAUAAAACCACAUUGAAGAGAAAAAAUAAAAACUUGCAAGACUA